CACAACCUCUCCAUUUUUAAAACCACAAAUAAAUACCACCAUUCUUCCCCUGCCUAACCCAUAAUCUAACAUCAACAGCAUCUCUUCACCAACAUGACGCGGUCAACGCUUCCACCCUCAUCUCCGAUCUCCCUCUUCGUGUCGCUCAUGUGCGUUGCUUUCGCGUGCGCCACAUCGUUGAACAAAAUUGAGCACUGCGAGUUGGAUUGUGCAAGUUCCACGGUGGAGGGGCUGAACGUGGUUGGUGACUGCGAACCCAAGUGUUCUCAGGAGUUGAAGAUUCCGACCCAAAUUGAAAAAGAAGGGCAAGACGCGAUCAAAGAGUAUUUGGAUACCGUUUUCAGCAACGCGCUCUUUGGCGGUGGUUCAAUUGAAACAGGGCAGAAUAAGGAAACACAAAUUGAGGACAAGGGUGAGAAGAAUGUGGAUGCAGAUAAAUCAGCUUAUACAGCGCCCAAAGAGCCUGGGGUAGAACAUAAGCUGGCAAUUCCAAGCCAUAUAGAAGAACAAGGGGAAGACGCGAUCAAAGAGUAUUUGGAUAACCUAUUCAGCAACGCACUUUUUGGCACUGAUUCAACUCAAACAGGGCAUAAUCAGGAAGCACGUCCAGACCGCUAUUCUGUCGAACCUGACAGCAAAACACAAAUUAAGCACGAGGGUGAGAGUAUGAAUGCACAAAAAUCAUCUUAUAAACUUCCCAAAGAGCCAGGGGAAGAACAAUUGUUAGAUGGUGAUCUUGCAGUCAACGUUGACCUUGAGAUUGUGGGCGAUGGAGAGUAUGUUCUUAAGAUCAAGAGGGUAAAUCCAAGUUUAACCAAUCAUGAUGAAGUAGAAAGGGCUAAGCAUAUGGCUCAAAACGGAGCCAUGUUGUUACAUUACGGAGAGAUUCUUCAAGACAUGGGAGAGAAACUGAUUUCUCAGUCCCAAGCAUCACUUUACUCAGUAUUUAAAAUCCCUACACCUCCCAAAUUGAAGUCUGAUCAAUGAUCAUAAUCCAUAACUAAGUAUCUUCCCCGUGUUAUUUUGUAUUAGUUUGAGAUUCUUUUUAAUCCCCUCUUUCCAUGAAUUAAUGUUUGUUGAGAAGUAUUGCAUCAUUACAUGAAAAUAUUUAGGAUGGAAAACGUAGAUUUUAGUAGUUGUCAUAAAAAUUUGAUAUGUACACCCAGAUUGGAUCUCGACUUUUUAUGGACCCAAGACGAAAAUAUAAUAUUUUUGUUUAAUAUUUUAUAAAAACUUAUGACUUUUAACUAA